GUACCUUGCAACUCUCAUGGAAGAUGCUCCUUCAACCACUUCAAUUGCAUACAAAGAGAUUAGUGGAGUUUCAUCGUCCCUGCACUCUGUUUGUUCUGUUUUUCUUGUCACCUUCCGCGCACGCGCACACACAAUUAGCCGCAAUCUCACCGAUGAUAGAGAAGACAAGGCAAUAUUACAUACAUCUGAUAAAUCGGUUCGUUCGAAUUCAUUAUAAUCGAAUGCAAGUCCGACUGUAUUAGAAUGUUGUUGGCAAAAAAAAAAAAAAAAGGUCAGAAUGUUGACCAAACCAAGCCCUAGUUCUGAUGUCUCGGCAGUAAAAAACUAAAAACAUUUUACUCUUUCAAUUUACAGGCUCAAUGCCUCAAUGUAGUAAUCUGGGCUAGGCUCAUCAACAUACAUGUCACCGUGGUAAUCUGGGCUACGCUGUUUGUGCCCUAUCUUAGCCCAGCCUACUAAACGCGCAUUGCCAGCAAGAGAUUUUUUUUUUUUAAUUAUUUGAAAACCGCGCCAAAGCGGCUUCCCUCUUCUGGAGGCAAAAGGCCGCCAUUUUCAGGUCAGUGAGGCGAGAAGUGGAGACUACGGCGCUUUCCUGACUCUCGCCACGGCAUGGAGAAAGAUUCUGCCAUGGACAUCGAUCUUCAACCGGAAGAAGAAGGCAAAGAGAAAAGGGAGGAGGAAGAUUAUUUCCUGAGAUUUAUCGACUAUGCGAGGUCCCAGCUUCUGGAAGACGAAGGAGAUCCCGAUCCAAAUGGUGAUGGUGCGCUUGUUGAUCAGCCUGGCUGGAGCUGGAUCGUAUCUCGCAUUCUCAAGACUUGCAUUUCUUAUUCUAGCGGUGUCACGCCUGCCAUACUGCUGUCUGAACUCUCUUUGGUACCACAUCUUCGUCUAUUGGUUUUUCCUUGCUUGGGGUGAGCAACGCAGAGUCGGGGCUCCGACGAAGAGGCUAGAAUUUAUCCAGCACUUAAAGACGAAUCACCGGAGAACGAAACUGCCAAACACCGUCACCAUUGAUUCAAUAUAUGAGAAAAAUUUCUUGUCAUUGAACAGUGUUUUGGAAGCGGUUAUAGUUGAUGCAUUUGUUCUUCCAGGCACAAACAUCCACAUGCUAACGUUAGGAGACUAUUGGAGUUCCAAUCUCGUAGAUCUCUAUCUCCACCGCAGAUUCUAUAACUUGGUGGGUAUGGAGAAUGGAAUUCUGAAGAAAGGGAGGGAGGUUUUCCUCACUGGUUGCUAUCUUCGAACUGCCUCUGCGGGUGUUAGUCAUCCACGCCUUUUGCCAACAGAGUAUUUUGUGAUACUAUUGGAUGAGAAUCAAGAUGAUGAUGCAAUGCUACUAGCAGCUCAGUUUGCUUCAGAUUCUUUCUCUUCAGUAUCUCUCAGUGCAGCAAACGAAGGAGUUUCUUAUUCACUUUAUGCCAGGAUUGAAAGCAUUGGUUCAGUGGAAAUUCAAGGCAAGUUUGGAAAUUUGCAGAGAAAGCAGAUUACUCUAGUAGAUGGCAACGAUGUGAAGCUACAAUUUCUCUUAUGGGGUGAGCAGACUGUCCUUUCCAAUCUCUUCAGAGUUGGAAGUAUGCUUGCACUGGACAAACCAUAUAUUUCAAGUUCUACAGAGUGUGGAAUUGAAACAAGUGAGGAAUUUUGUCUUGAAUAUGGAACUGCAACACAAUUAUAUCUGGUGCCUUACAUUCAACACGAAGAACAGGUGCGCAUUUCAUUAACACCAUGUGGUCAUCAAAGUUCAAGGUCCUUGAGUUCAUGUACUCCUAGUCAGAGUCCCAGAUUUUCUCAAGUGAGCUUGCCCUGUGAUUCUUUCGGAACCAUUGAUUACAGUAAUUACCCUUUUCGGUCGUUUGUGGCUGACCUUCAGGACAAAAUGACUGGCGUCAGCCUCUAUGGUGUUGCUACAGAUAUUAUCAAAGAUAUAAGCUCAGAAACUACCUUCUCUAUAAGAAUUGCAGAUGCUAGCGGAUCAAUUUGGGCAAAGCUUCAUUUUACGGCAUCUUGGUCACUGGGAAGAUUAGGUCUCGGUCACGCUGUUUUUAUAUCUGGCUUGACUUGCUCCAAGUCGAAACAAAAGCGCCUGGAAGUAUCGUGGUUUGAGAAUGAUGAUGGGGCAUCUUUCAUCAAUAUCAGUUGCUUGCCAGCAUUGAUCAACUCAUCUUGUCUUCAUAAGCUAUCACGCCUAUCUGAUACGACUAGCCAGACUGGCUAUGCAAAAAUAUGUCGAAUCUGGCUUGAACCGAUGGAACAUUUUCAUGUUAAUACUAGAUUUUCACAUUCUCUAUGUGCUCACUUCGUCAACAAGAUGCCUAGUGGCCUCUUAGAAUGCAGCUUCUGCCAUCAAGUUUGUGAUGCUGAAGUAGUGCGAACUUUCGACUUGAAAAUUACCGUUGCAGACGAGAGUGCUAAAGUUUUGGCAUGGUCUACUGGUCAAACGGCUAUGGAUUUACUGCAGAUAUCUCCUGAGGAGUUUCAUGAACUUCCUGAGGAAGAACAAGUAAUGUACCCGUCGUCGUUAGAGAAUGAGAGUUUCAUGGUUGCACUGGUGAAUUGUAAAAUCGAGAGCUAUGGAUCGAUACAAGGCCUUCCGUUGGCAAUUCAACUGCCUGGGAAAUCACUCGAGCAUACAAGCUUGAAUGAUUGUUUCAUGAAACACAACGUUGUCCGAACCAGGGAACGGGAAGCGUGCCAAAGGUAAUCCUGUCCAUUUUCUGUAGUGAGAAGGUAUUUCCGCAAGCGUGUUGAGGAAGAAGAUAUCCGAUGUCAGUGUCUGCACAGGACGAUUCCGGAAUUCAAUUCCAUUUUGGGAUCCAGUUUCUUCCACGGCCUAACAAGAUACAGGAAACGGAGGUCUUGAUUCUCUACUACCAUUUUCCCUGUUAUAUCUCUACAUCUUUUCACAAACAACCAAAAUCAAGGAAUCUUUUUAAUUUUUAUUUUUACAAAUUUUAUGAAGUGUUGGUUGCGAGAUGUAGAGAGGUAGUUGAAAAGUGGCGGUAGAGAAUCAAGAUUACAGGAAAUACUGACGCUUCAAAGGUGCGUCUCUUGCGUAAUUUAACGAGGAGCUGAUCUAAUUAUGAAUCGCAUAAAAUGGUUGCAGGAAGCCAGGAAUUUGAUAAAGGGGGUGGGAUCCAAAAAAAAAAGGAAAAUGCCUUGGGCGACAUCGAGUCACUCUUACUCUACCUUCCCUUCUUUAGAUAGACAUGUAUGAGAGAAGAAACAAUUGUUUUGCCCCCAAAGCGGAUGAGACACGGGUUAUAUUCAAUAUUUUGUUGCUAGGGAUUCUAUCUCUACUCUGCUGGCUCCUGUCAGCAUUUAGUGCGAGAGACCAUAAGGAAAUAACCGUGGGAAAAUUAUAA